AUGGCGCGAAACGCCAUGACCGUACAGCUACAGCGUCUUUCUCGUUACAGGCGAGGGCUCUCGGACGGCCUUCACGCAGACCCCCUGUCCAACCCUUCGUACAAUGUAUACUUCCGCUGCUCCAGCCAGGCUCUCGCCGCUCUGCACCACUGUCCACCGCACACGCUGUUCCUCGAGGCAGGCUUGGGGAGUUUCAGAGAAGAAGAGGACAGCAGCGAGGGCGCGUGCGUUUCUGAGGAUGAGUUCCGGCGAGUUACACGCCUGAGGAAAGUCGGAGCGAGCUUGUCUGUCGAAGUCCCGGCGGGUUUCAAUGUGGAGGGACGGGGUGACGCGAACUCCGCGUAUCCGUCUGGCGGCCACAGGGGGGUUUCGCUGAGGGAGGUGGCGGGUGUGAGCCGGGCAGUGGGCCUGCUCAAAGCGGAACCAGCAGCAGCAGCCGGUGCAGGAGCGGCAGAAUUAGCAGGGGGAGCAGGAGGAGGCGAAGGAGCAGGAGGAACAGGAGAGUCUAUGGGAGCAAUGAGGAGCCAGCUGGAGGUGAAUCCACAGGCAGGAGGAAGCGGAGCUUCAUCUCAGGCUGCCUCAUCUUCCCCAACGUCCUCCUCCGCUCCCCCGCCAGACCCGCAAGCCCUGGCGGAGCUGAACGCGCUGCUGGCCUUCAAGGCGUCCGUCAUCGUGUUUGAUGAUCUCCUCGCCUCAUGGGUUGUCCCCCGCUCCGCCUUCUCCGCCUCCUCCGCCCCAUCCGCCAACUCCGCCUCCUCCGUCUCCUCCGCCUCUUCCCCCGCCUCCCCCGACCCCUACAGCUUCCUCUGCGCCUGGCGCUUCGUCACCUGCUCCCCCGCCCGCCCUGGUGGGGAGCGGAGGGUGGUUGGGCUGAGUAUGACCAGGUUCGGCCCGGACCUGGACCAGAGGCCUGUGCUGAUGCUCACCCGGAGGUCUGUGGUGGAGGAGAAUUGGGACGGUUCAGGUGCGGCGAGUGGUGGGGGGAGCAGCGGUGACUUCUCCGCCCUCACAGCCCUCACCAACCUUACUCUCCACAAUAAUCGCGACUACCGCGAAAUGGCUGGACUCAUAGGCGCCUUCCCCUCCCACCUCGCCGCCUGCUCCUCGCUCCAAGUCCUCUCUCUCUCAGGACAUAGGCUCCUCGGCCCCAUCCCGGACUCCAUCUCUCUCUUCUCCUCCCUUCAACACUUAGAGCUGGCGUAUAAUCUAAUGUCCGGGCAGUUACCCACUGCCCUGGCGUCGCUUUCCCACCUUACGAAUCUUAACCUGGAGGCGAACAAUUUCUCAGGGGAAAUUACCCCGCGGAUAUCCCGGCUCGCGAAAAUGCUCGUGAACUUAAACCUCGGGCAAAACUCCCUUUCGGGCAGCUUGCCAUCCGAGCUCGGGCAGCUGACAAACCUCGGGAACGGCCCAUUCCUCGCCCCAUACCCAGGCCUCUACCUUCACCGAAACCUUCUUUCCGGCCUGCUGCCCGAAUCCCUCUCGUCACUCUCGUCCCUCCAAGCCCUAGACCUCUCCUCCAAUAACCUAUCAGGGCCCAUUCCUCAAAAAGGCUCCUUCUUCACCUCCUUUAACAACCUUAUCCUCCUUUCGUUAUCCCACAACCAGCUCUCUGGCCCCCUGCCGUUGCAAAACGGCUGUGGCAUGUCCUUGUAUCUGGUUCAGCUCGGUUCAAACCGGUUCACUGGUGGUCUUCCUGCUGACCUCUCUUCCUGCUACUUGCUUUACUCACUCGAUGUGUCGAGCAAUUUACUUUCAGGGCAGCUUUCGCCGGCUUUCUUCACGUCCCUCGCAGGGACGUCGGUGGGGGAGAUUUACCUUAUGAACAAUAGCUUCGAGGGUAAUUUACCCUCGGAAAUUGGCGAUGUUGUGACGCUGGGCGUGCUGGAUGCCAGCAGCAACCGGCUUUCCGGGAAGCUUCCGGAACUCAAUUCCUGCCCGUCGAUGAUUUACCUGGCGAACAAUUCCUUCUCGGGCAGGAUUCCGGCAGGGUUUAUCUGCCCGUCCUUGACAGCCCUAGACUUGAGCAACAACUCUCUGUCCGGGGACCUGCCCGAAAUCCUUCUGGGCCCCCUCCUCCUCCCCUCCCUCUCUCCCUGCCCUAGACUCCAAUCCUUCAACGUCUCGCACAACUCCCUUACAGGCACGCUCGAUACUAUCACCACACAGCUUCGCCCCUCUCCCAUUUUCACCCUCGGCCUUGCAGGAAACCUCCUGGAAGGUCCCGUUCCGGCUUCCAUUGGUAACCUGAUCUCAGCACGGGCUAUCGACGUAUCAGACAAUCGACUUUCAGGUUCCCUUCCACCGACACUUAGCCAGCUGCAGGUGCUCCGCUCGCUAAGUUUCAGCGGGAAUAACCUCUCCUCCCACCUCUCAUCAGAAAUCAGCGCCCUCUCCCUUCUCACCUCUUUGGACGUUAGCAGAAACAUUUUCAACGGCCCGAUUCCCCCGCAACUAGCCCCUCCUUUCCUCCCCCGCCUCCUCUACCUAAACCUCUCUCAUAACCACUUUUUUGGUGCUAUUCCCUACGGUUUCUCCAACACGAAUACCUCCGCCACAGCCCUGGAUUUCUCCUACAACGACCUCCUUGGUCAAAUUCCCUUCAACACCACCGGCACCGGCACUCCCCUCCCUGCAUCCGCGUUACAAGGCAACCUGGGACUGUGCGGAGGGUUCGGAUACGCCUCCUGCCCAGUGGCCCCCUACGAGAGCACAGGAGGGUUCUCUCCUGGAGCGAUUGCAGGGAUCGCGGUGGGCUGUGCGGCGUUUGUAGCGGCGCUGCUGGUGCUGCUGGUGCUGCUGUGGCUGUGGCUGUUUGCGCGAAGGAGAGGGCCGAGUCUGGAUGGGGGGACAAUGCUGGUGUUUGAGAAGCUGGGUUUUAAGCUCACGGUGACAGAUGUGGUUGAUGCUACUGAAGAUUUCAGCAACAAGUUCCUGCUGGGCCGAGGAGGCUUUGGCUCUGUUUACAGGGCCACACUGCAAGAUGGAAGGUCAGUGGCCAUAAAACGCCUGGCGUUGGGAAGCAGCCAGGGGCAGAGGGAGUUUGAAGCCGAAAUGAACACCCUCGGCAACGUGCGGCACCGCAACCUAGUAGUCCUAGUCGCCGCAUACCUCUCCCCACCGCCCGCCCAGGAGCGCCUCUUAAUCUACGACUUCCUCCCGGGCGGCUCACUCGACCAGGUCCUAGCUCGCGAAAUGGGCAAAGACUCGCCGAUGCGGCGGUGGGCUGUAAGGAGGAACAUCUUAGAGGGUACAGCUAGAGCCCUCAAAUACCUUCACCAGGAUUGCACCCCAGGGAUCAUACACCGAGAUAUGAAGCCCGCGAAUAUUCUCCUGGACGAGAAUUUAGAAGCUAAGGUGGCGGAUUUUGGGCUGGCGAGGGAGGCGGAUGCGAGCCGGACUCAUAUGAGCACGAGUGUGUUUGGGACGGUGGGGUAUUUGUCGCCCGAGUAUUCGCAGCGCGGGCGGCUGUCGUUCAAGAGCGAUGUGUUUGCGUUCGGAGUGCUGGUGCUGCAGGUGAUUACCGGGAAGCUGCCUACGGAUAGUGACGUUGCGGAACGAGGGCUCGCCAGGUGGGUGGGGAUGCACACUGUAGCCUCCUUCGUGGACGAGAGGAUAGACGAUGCGUUGCUGUAUGAGGAUGAGAUCAUGGGCGUCGUCACGCUCGCCCUGCAGUGCACCCAGACCGUGCCCGCCGACCGCCCCUCCAUGCCUGAGGCUCUUGAGGUGCUGGAGAAUCUGCACGACUUUGCCAAGGGGAUCCGCAUGGGGAUAGACGCCAAGGAGGUGGAGUGA